GGUUGAACUAUGAGCGCACAAAUUUUUUCUUACCCAUCCAUUUUGUUGCAUCCAGACUCUUCAGAUAAUCUCUGCAUUGAAGACUGUCAUAUUAGUACUGGUGAUGAUCUGGUUUCCAUAAAAAAUGGGUGGGAUGAGUAUGGCACUUCAUAUGGUCAUCCCAGUAGAAACAUCAUCCUUGUAAGAAUUACUGGUAAAACUGAAACAAGCGCAGGAAUUGCAAUUGGAAGUGAGAUGUUGGGAGGUGUGUCAGAAGUUCAUGCAGAAGACCUCCACUUUUUCGGUUCCAAAACAUGUAUUAGAAUAAAGACCUCCCCAGGAAAGGGUGGUUAUGUGAGAAAUAUAUAUGUAUCAAAAUCAAACAUAACCUUGGAUGGUAUAGGAAUAGCUAUAAGGUUCACCAGUCAGUAUGAGGAGCGCCCAGAUGAGUUUUACGACCCAAAUGCCCUCAUUGUAGAGCGAAUUACUUUAAAAGAUAUCAUAGUAGAGGUAGAGAAUAUCAAAACUGCUGGCCUGCUAGAGGGUUUAGAAGGUGAAAAUUUUCUCAUCAUUUGCUUAUCCAAUAUAACCUGUAGUGUGACCUCAAAAUCUCCAUGGAAUUCUAUUCAAGGAUAUUCUGACUCAGUUUCUCCGGAAACUUGUACGCCUCUCAAGCAGAGAAUCUCCCCAGAGCAUUACUCGGUUUGUUACUCUCUAUCUGAUCAUUCUGAUGACAUUUGGAUUUCUUCAAGUAAUCGAAACAGAGGUGCUUGGCGGCUUUCUUGGUAGAUUAAGGAAAGUCACCUUCUUGAAUGUCCGUGAAUGUUGCAAAUUUGAUUCUUUCCAUGGAAACAAA